AUGUUCUGGAAACAUCUGAGACUGAAGCAACUGCAGCGACUGAGGCGACUGCAGCGACUGAGGCGACUGCAGCGACUGAGGCGACUGCAGCGACUGAGGCAACUGCAGCGACUGAGGCGACUGCAGCGACUGAGGCGACUGCAGCGACUGAGGCGACUGCAGCGACUGAGGCGACUGCAGCGACUGAAGCGACUGAGGCGACUGCAGCGACUGAAGCGACUGAGGCGACUGCAGCGACUGAAGCGACUGAGGCGACUGCAGCGACUGAGGCGACUGCAGCGACUGAGGCAACUGCAGCGACUGAGGCGACUGCAGCGACUGAGGCGACUGCAGCGACUGAAGCGACUGAGGCGACUGCAGCGACUGAGGCGACUGCAGCGACUGAAGCGACUGAGGCGACUGCAGCGACUGAGGCGACUAAGGCGACUGAGGCAACUGCAGCGACUGCAGCGACUGCAGCGACUGCAGCGACUGAAGCGACUGCGGCGACUGACGCGACUGCAGCGACUGAAGCGACUAAGUAAGUAA